UCGCCUGUUGACUUCUCGGCCCCUAUGUCGACAACGCUUCCAUGACCCGAUCAUGUUCCAGAGGUCCAGAGAUGGUGUCGAGUUUCACCCAUGACGCGCCGCUGGCGAGUGUGGGAGGAGGACAUCGUCGAUCCCCCCAAGGACCUCUGUGUGUAACUUUUAAUUUCUAUAAUGAUGCUCUUGUAAGGGUUGAUCGACCAUAAUAUAUGACCUUUGACUUUCAAAAAAUCUCAUGAUGACCGUAACUUGGCUAAAUUUGUCAUAUUAGUAUAAAAAAAGGAGAAAAAACAGUAAGAAUUGGUUUUACUCACAGGAUAAGCAUAUAUAGGUUGUUUUCCUGUCCCUGCAACUUUUUCCGUCAAGCUCAGCCACUUGAUAAACAAUAGAGUCUGAUGACCUUGUCUGCUUGUGAUUGUACAAAAGGAAUAAUAAGGGAGCCUACUCACGCACUGGUUGCGUUUACAGUGGCCUGUUUACCUAUGUCCUUUUUUCCCUGAAAAAAGUACGCUAUUUGACGUCCAGAAUAGUAGUGCAUGUGCACGCGGUCUCUCUAUCUUUGCCACGAUGGAGUGCAUUUUGAUUAAAAAACAAGCCGUUGUACGGAGAACUUGCAACUUGUUAGUGUCUAACAUAAUCAGUCUUGCUAAAUCUUAGUCGACUUAAACUUGAUUAUGUCUCAACUGGUGCUAUAUUCGUGAUAUGUUACAUUGAGAUUUAUGAUUUUUUUUUUCUUUCUUUCUUAUAUGUCAUGUCACUUAACUAAAACCUAGCGUAAUAGCAUCAAUCACAUAGACAAGGGGGCAUCACAUUGACAUGAGAACCAAUCUGUGGUUCAGUAGUUAGGAGGGUGAUUGUAUCCCAGUUUACUAGGGAUCAAAUCAUAGGUAUGAUACAUGUGUGCUGCACCAAGGCGAAAUAGUCUUUUAAUCCAUAGCAAAGUGCCUAUGGUGAAUUCGUCAAUCCCCCGUCGGCUCCUGUCCCUCGAUAGAGUAGGGUAUAUGUGUGUUCAUAAUGAUGAGUGUAUGGCGAACCAACUUAUUGGAUGGUUAGGAGGACAAUGGUAUCCCUGUCCACCAGGGUUCAAGUCCCGGUGCUCGCAUUAUUUCUGGAUUUAUUUCAAAAUUUUCGAUGCUGCGCCAUAUAUAUAAGCGCAUGCGGCUGUACCGUGUUCUCUAUUUUUUUUAUGUCCAGGGACAGGACGCGCCCAAAUCUCAGCUGAUUUGGAUGGCUUGCUCUUCCUACGUCUCCAUGCAAUCAUUUGCUCGCAGCCGGGCUCUCCGUCUUCUUCCCACCAGCUCCAUCAGGUGCUAGCUAGAAGCAGUAUGUAUCAGCUGGAGACCAUGGACGACUCCAGCUUGUUCAUGCAGUGGGCCGUGGACACGCUGCAGCACGACCACCCGCCGCUCGCCGCUGCCUACGCCGCCGGCGACAGUGGCUGUACUUUCCCGUCACUCCAAGAGCUCCGCCGCUCGGCGUUGCAGCAAGGCACGGCCCCGGCGGGAAUGGCGGUACAAGACGGCCACCGUCACCAAGCCGCCGACAGCGCCGGCGGCGGCUGUGAGAACACGUCUGCCGCGGUCGUGGAGAACGACGUCAACUGCGCGACGACCUGCAGCGUCGGCAGCAGCAACAACUACCUGCCCAUGAGCUGGAACUUCACCUCGGCCGUGGCGCAGCCGAGCAACGAGGCCGCGCCGAGCCCCACCGCUGCUCCUCCCUCUGGAGCGCACGACGGCCCCGGCGUGACGGAGCAGGCCCACGUGUCGCCACCGUCGAGGAGAGCCUCCGCAAAGAGCGCCGCCAGGACCGGGCACACGCCGUACGCGCAGGACCACACCAUGGCGGAGCGGAAGCGCCGGGAGAAGAUCAACCGGCGGUUCAUCGAACUCUCCACCGUCAUCCCCGGCCUCAAGAAGAUGGACAAGGCGACGAUCCUUUCGGACGCCGUCAAGUACGUCAAGGAGCAGCAGGAAAAGCUCAAGGCGCUCGAGGUCCGCAACUGCAGGAGCGUCGCCGCCGAGUCCGUGGUGCUCGUCAAGAAGUCACGCACCGCCGAAGACGACGGCGGCGGCUGCUGCUCAUCACCGUCUGCAGGGCCUGGAGCAACAGCUGGAACUGGAAGCACAACCACGACGACGACGACCGGGAGCGUGCUGCCGGAGAUCGAGGCGAGGGUCUCGGAGAGCGACGUGAUGGUGAGGAUCCACUGCGAGGACGGCAAGGGGGUGCUUGUCAGGCUGCUCGCCGAGGUGGAGGGGCUACACCUGAGCAUCACCCACGUCAAUGCCAUCCCGUUCCCCGCUUGCACUGUCGUCAUAACCGUUACUGCAAAGGUGGACGACGGCUUCAGCGUCACGGCGGAGGACAUUGUUGGCAAGCUAGAGGCGGCGUUGCAUGCACCCACGGCGACGGCGUAGUGGAAGAUAAUACUCCGGCCGGCAGAGAUCAAGGUUCAAGAAACAUGAAGCCGCUGAAACAAGUAUACUGUGUCGCCAUGCAAAUAAAUUACUUCUCGCCAUGAUUUGAUUCAACGGGUGCAUCACGGCUUAAAAUAGCUUACAACUUCCGAGAUAAACUCAAGGUGCAGAUUAGAACUCAUACUUUACUUCGAAAGGGCAAUAUUGAAAAUUUAAGUGAUAAACUUUCUUUGAA